AUGGCUGAGAAAAGUGAAGAUCAUUAUAACUUCAAAAGGACAAUUCUUAUUACGGGUUCAACGGAUGGCAUUGGCAGACAAACGGCUCUAGAAUUGGCUGUGCGAAAUAAGGAGAAUUUUGUUAUUGUGCAUGGCAGGAAUAUUGAAAAAUGUAAAGCAACUCUUGACUAUAUCAUGCGUGAAGGCAAAUUACCGGAUAAGUCGAAUCUUGAUUUUGUUGUUGCCGAUUUUGCAGAUUUGAAAGAGGUUUCUGAUUUGGCUACGGAUGUUGAAAAGCGCUUUCCGCGUUUGAAUGUUUUGUUAUGUAACGCCGGAGUUCUUUUACCUAAAAGAAUAGAAAGUCGAAAUGGGUUAGAAUUAACUUUUCAAAUUAAUCAUUUGGCACAUUACCUUAUCAUAAAUCGUUUACUUGCACUAUUAAAAGAAAAUCAGCCUUCAAGAGUUAUUAUCGUUAGUAGCAGUCUUCAUAGUUGGCACAAAAUUGAUUGGAAGGACGUAAUGGCUGAGCGAGGAUAUGAAAAGUAUCUUCAAUUUUCGAGGACGAAAUUAAUGAAUCAUUUAACAUCAUUUGCACUUCAUCGUCUUUUGGUCAGGCAAGGGUGUCAAUUUCGAGUUACCUCUAAUGUUAUCGAUCUGGGAAAUAUGAAGCCACGAGAUCAUAGAUCGCGAAGUACGUCGCUAUCAUCCUCAGAUACAGCGUUGGUGCUAAAUAGUGGUGUUGGCACACUGUUAACAUUAAUUGAAUCUCCUGCACUGGAAAAUGUUAGUGGUAAAUAUUUUGAUUGUCAUGGAAAGCAGACACGCAGUGGUUCGGAUGCUACGGAUGAGCGAUUGCAGCAGAAACUAUGGGAAAUCAGUGAACAGCUGUGUAAAGAUUAUCUAAAUUCCGAUUUACCUUUUUCUUCGAACUGCACAAGCAAUGAUGUGAAUUAUCUUGCGCAUUAUAUUCUAUCAAGAUUGCUGUUCACUCUGCUGAAGAACAAUGUUCCAUCUCGACUGGUUCUUGUAAGCAGCAUUUGCUACGAAUGGUACUCUUUAGAUUGGUCAGACUUGGAAAGUUUGAAAACUUAUGAGAAGUAUAUGCAGUAUUCACGUACAAAACUUAUGAUUCACUUGAUGACUUUCAAGUUGGCUCGUUUAUUCGCUAGAUCUGGAGUUACUUGUAACGUCCUUGAACCAGGCGUCAUCGAAACAAAACUUCUGCGAGCUGGCGGUUAUAGUGGAGCUCCUGUUUGUGAAGGUUCUCGAGCUUGCGUGUUUUUGUGUACAUCUGAUAGUGUAGCUAACGUGAAUGGUGCUUACUAUGACAACAAGUGUGAACAUGUCACCAAAUUAUUUAAAGAUGCAGUGGAUGAGAAGCAACAAGAAGAUCUGUGGCAGCUAACUGAUAAGUUAUGCGAAAAAAAAGGCGUCAUACUUCCAAAAAUUUAA